CAGGGAGUCUAAGUGUAAAAUAACCUUAUCCUCACCCUUCUCCCUAGAAAAUGUAUGUGGUGGGAGUAGCAGCUUGCUAAAGAUGAUGCUCAUUUUGUGCAAACAAGGCUAUGGGUUGUGGCCUUCAUCUCCAUAACACCCCGAAUUUCACCAGGGUUUACCCCAUAGUUUCACUAUCGGGUAACUUAAAAACUUCAUCAUGGUGUUGUGGCCUUCAUCUCCAUAACACCCCGGACUUCAAUGGGACUCAUAUAAGACGCUUGAAGCUCUAUCGAGAAAGAAGAAGAAGAAGUCAACCAACUUCCAUCAAAAGUCAACCAGAUGAUCCCGCCACCAUUUCUGUUCAUGCUCAUGAAGAUGAGAUACCUAAAGCAACAUUAGUAUGGAGAGCAAUCAAAUUACCAAUCUAUUCCGUCGCACUGGUUCCCUUGACCGUUGGAACUGCAGCAGCUUAUCUUCAGACAGGCUUGUUUAAAGCCAAACAAUAUGUUCUGCUUUUGGCUUCAUCAGUUCUUAUAAUCACUUGGCUCAAUUUAAGCAACGAUGUGUAUGAUUUUGAUACAGGAGCAGAUAUAAACAAGAAAGAAUCUGUUGUUAACAUGAUCAGCAGCCGAUCCAUGACCCUAACUGCUGCUUUGGUGUUUCUUGGUUUGGGGUGUAUGGGGAUUCUUUGGGCAUCCAUGGAAGCUGGAAAUGUGAGGUCAACCUUACUACUUGCUUCUGCCAUCACUUGUGGAUACAUAUAUCAGUGUCCACCUUUUCGGUUGAGUUACCAUGGUUUGGGAGAACCAUUGUGCUUUGCAGCAUUCGGUCCGUUUGCAACCACGGCCUUUUACUUGUUGCAGGGUGGCGGCAUAAGGGCGGAGAUGCUACCAAUAACCACCACAAUUCUAUCUGCUUCACUCCUUGUUGGCAUUACCACAUCUCUUAUUCUUUUUUGUAGUCAUUUUCACCAGAUUGCAGGAGAUAAGGCUGUAGGAAAGCUCUCUCCACUAGUGAGGAUUGGAACAGAAACAGGUUCAAAUGUGGUGAAAGUGGCUGUGAUUUCUCUCUAUUCACUUUUGGUUCUUCUUGGCAUAUGCAAAGCUCUUCCAAUUACUUCCAUUUUUCUGUGUGCACUUACAGUACCCAUGGGAAGGAUUGUGGUCAGCUUUGUUGAGGAUAACCACCAGGAUAAAACGAAAAUAUUUAUGGCAAAAUAUUUUUGUGUUCGAUUGCAUGGGUUAUUUGGAGCUGCUUUAGCUGUUGGAAUGGUAGCAGCCAGGAUCCUAACGAGAAAUAAUGUACCCCAACCAUUAAUUUCUUAAUUAAAAUAUAAAAACUUUUUCUGUAAGUGUUACCUGAGAUAUGAGUGAAUGUACAACGGCUUUGAACCUCUUAUGAUUAUAAUUAUAAGAUUGAAUUAAUAAAGAUAAUGCAUAGUAUUAUUUUUAA